CCAUGCAUGGGAUGAAAGGUAACUACGGCAAGCUGCGACGGUCAGAAAGAACGGUGCUCAGUAAACACCAGCAGUAGAAGUUCACUGUGUCUGAAGAAAUAAAACGAAUAUUCAAGCGUCGUCUGUGGUUUACAGCAGUGUGAUGAGACUGAAGCUCAGACUGUGGAGCUGGUUCCUGCUGUGCUCCUGCUGUGUGCUGUCUGUAUGGGCUCAUGGAGGACAGCAUGGAGAACCAGCUGCUUCAAAUCAAGAGCCUCCUCCAAUCAUCCGGCUGGACAGGAAUAUGGUUCAGGAUAAAGAUCACAUCAUGGAGCAUUUAGAAGGGGUGAUUGAACAGCCAGAGACGGACAUGACGCCUCAAGAGCUGCAGCUUCACUACUUCAAGAUGCACGACUACGAUGGCAACAAUCUGCUGGAUGGACUCGAAAUCGCCACGGCCAUCACUCAUGUUCAUAAAGAGGAAGGAGGAGAUAGUAGCCAGCCAAUGAGAGAAGAGGAUCUCAUCACCCUCAUUGAUGAUGUCCUCAGAGACGAUGACAAAAACAACGAUGGCUACAUCGACUAUGCAGAGUUUGCGAGGUCUCUGGAGUAAAAGCCGAGAGGAAGAGCCGCUGCCUUACUGUGAAUGCAGAUUACCUCUGAUGUGUGUGUGAUUUCAUUCAUGCUUCAAUAUAACCUCGAUAAAUGUCAGACAUGAAGUGGCGAGGGUCAUAAAGUCACGAGAGAUGUUUUGUACGGAUGCAUUCCUUUGUUGCACUCACAUCUGCAUAUGUCUUGUCACAAUUGACCUUGAUGUAUAAACUGCCAAAUUUAUCCACUGUAAACAAGCAUAAAUUAUGUUGUUAUUGAAUAAAUCCUUUGCAGUGGCACUCUCCUGCAAAGCUGAUUGUUAAAUGAA